CGCAGUUGGAAAGUUCAGAACUGAACAUUAUCGGACGACAUCCUGCUGGAACAAUCCCAAGAUGUUCGGCGCUCUCAAUCGCUUCAUCGCGCGUCUUGACGGGGAACCGGGGCCGCGGCAAAACGACACAGCCCCCUCAGACGACUCAUAUGGCUUUCAAGUCCUGCGGAACACAAACAAAGAACUGCCUCUGGAACCCUGGUUCGACUUCAUCAUUGGAAUCAACGGGCACUUUAUAGACUCGCCAGACCCGGAUCUGUUCACUACUGAAUUGCGCAACUGUGCAGGCGGAUACUGCUCUCUCGACUUGUGGAAUGCAAAGGGCCAAAAAUCACAUUCCCUGACAAUCACUGUACCGGCCCCCCCAGAAAGCCUAGGACUAAGUCUACAACUCGCACCGCUCAACUCGACGCAAAACAUCUGGCACGUCCUGACCGUUCCCUCUCCUCUCUCUCCCGCGCAUCAAGCUGGGCUUCUACCACACAGCGACUACAUCUUGGGCUCGCCCAGCGGCACGUUGAAAGGAGAGGCGGCCCUCGGCGAACUGGUCGAAGAUCACCUAAACAGGAGCUUGGUUCUUUGGGUCUACAACUCAGAAUUCGACGUGGUCAGGGAGGUUGAACUCGUGCCUCGAAGAGGAUGGGGCGGGGAAGGUGCAGUAGGAGCUGUACUUGGCUUCGGUGCUCUCCAUCGCCUACCUGUGGGACUGGGCGAAGAGAUCCAAGCCCCAGGUGAGAGUCUGUUUGAUGCGGACAAGAAGACCGCCGAAGACGGACAAGCUGGCGACAAUGUCAACGCUUUCUCGCCUGCGCCAAUCCAAGACCUGCCUCCUCCACCAAUGGUCAAUCCUAACGUCCCUCCACCGCCGAUGAUGAAUCCCAACGCACCGCCUCCAUCCGGCCCUGCUCCGUCCAAAGCACGGAAAGGAAGACACCAUGCUGGACCGUCUCCGAGAGUUGGCUUCGAAGAUAUGUUCGCGGAGGGAGCAAAGAAAAGCGCUGAAGCAGAUAAUGCUCCGUCGAGAAAAGGCACACCCCUUGCACCUCCGCCAAAGAUUGCGUCUACGGAGGUAACACCUCACUCGGUGACUCGGGAGAAGUCCGAUCCUCUGGAACAAGCGGGCGAGGAUCUUGGUGAGCCAGGUGAGGCUUUGGAAACUUGAGCACAAUGCCGCUUGUGCAAGCUAGAGAUAUUCGGAUGGUCGAAGUAAGCUCGGUGGUGACUUGCGGACAGGCUGUUGCC